GGUGCUCCUUAUUGGACCCAUUUAGAAAGGAUGAAGAAGAAGCUGCUAGCUGUGCCGGCAGCAAGUACUGUUCGCUUCCGUUGCCCUGCAGCAGGCAACCCCACCCCAUCCAUAUACUGGCUGAAAAAUGGCAAAGUAUUCAAGGGAGAACAUCGAAUUGGGGGCAUCAAAUUACGGCAUCAGCAGUGGAGCCUAGUGAUGGAGAGUGUGGUUCCGUCAGACCGAGGGAACUACACGUGCAUUGUAGAGAACAAAUAUGGCAGCAUUAGGCACACUUACCAGCUAGAUGUAGUAGAAAGGUCCCGCCACCGGCCUAUUCUCCAGGCUGGACUGCCUGCCAACCAGACUGUGGUGGUAGGGAGUGAUGUCGAAUUCCACUGCAAGGUGUACAGUGAUGCCCAGCCUCACAUCCAGUGGCUGAAACACGUGGAAGUCAACGGCAGUAAAUAUGGAUCCAACGGGACGUCUGUCACGGUGCUAAAGACGUCAGGUGUUAACACAGCGGCUGAGGAGCUAGAAAUUCUGUACUUGCGAAAUGUUACUUUUGAGGAUGCAGGGGAAUAUAUUUGCCUCGCUGGGAAUUCUAUGGGGUUUUCACAUCAUUCUGCUUGGCUGACGGUUCUACCAGCCCAGAAGCUAGUGGAGGCAGAUGAUUCUGGCUCCAUUUUUGCUGUCAUCCUCCGCUAUGGGGUUGGCUUCGUUUUCUUCUUCUUGGUGGUUGUCAUCGUGAUUGUCUGUAGGGUGAAAAUGACCAACAAAAAAGCCAUGAACACCCCCACUGUACAGGCAGUUGGCAAUAACAUUUUAUUUGUUCUAUUGAAGCUGGUGUCAUUGGAGUCAAACCCUUCCAUGAAUUCCGGUACCCCUCUGGUCAAUCUCACCCACCUCUCAUCCAGCGAUGGGCUGAAGCUAGCAAAUGUCUCAGAGCUCGAGCUGCCUGCUGAUCCCAAGUGGGAAUUAAUGAGAUCUCGCCUGACUCUGGGGAAACCUCUGGGUGAAGGUUGUUUUGGUCAAGUGGUGAUGGCAGAAGCGAUUGGGAUCGAUAAGGACAAACCAGACAAGGCCAUCACUGUAGCUGUCAAGAUGUUAAAAGAUGAUGCUACUGACGAGGAUCUUUCUGACCUGGUGUCCGAAAUGGAAAUGUUGAAAAUGAUUGGGAACCACAAAAAUAUCAUUAACCUCCUAGGUGCCUGCACGCAGGAUGGCCCACUUUACAUUCUGGUAGAAUAUGCGUCAAAAGGGAACUUGCAGGAAUAUCUCCGGGAUCAUCGGCCGCCCGACAUUUUUUCACUCGACACCUGCAAGCUGCCAGAAGAGCAGUUAACGUUUAAAGAUUUAGUCUCGUGCGCCUACCAGGUGUCCCAUGGCAUGGAGUAUUUGGCGUCUCAGAAAUGCAUUCACCGAGACUUGGCAGCCAGGAACGUGUUAGUCACUGAAGACAAUGUGAUGAAAAUAGCCGAUUUCGGCCUAGCCAGAGAUGUUGGCAACAUCAGCCGUUACAAGAAAACAACCAGUGGUCGGCUGCCUGUGAAAUGGAUGGCUCUAGAAGCAUUGUUUGAUGGGGUCUACACUCACCAGAGCGAUGUCUGGUCUUUUGGAGUGCUGCUAUGGGAGAUCUUUACUUUGGGGGGGUCUCCAUAUCCGGGAAUUCCAAGCAAGGAACUCUUCAAAUUCUUAAAAGAAGGCAAUCGGCUGGACAAGCCAGCAAACUGCACUCAUGACCUGUACAUGAUCAUGAAGGAGUGCUGGCAUGUAGUCCCAUCGGAACGGCCAACCUUUAAGCAGCUAGUGGAAGACCUGGAUAGGGUCCUUACUGUAACACCAACUGAGGAGUACCUUGACCUCUCCGUGCCAUUUGAGCAGUAUUCCCCCGCCCGCCAGGACACACACAGCACCCACUCUUCAGGAGACUAUUGCGCAAUGAAGGCUCUUCCGUGAAACUGCUUGGUAAUUCAAGAAGCUUUUUGUU